GUAAGGUAUGGAAUUUGUACAAAAAAUUUGAUAAAACUUUGGAAAAUAAUAAUGUUCAUUCCGGAAACUAUGAAGAAAUUUGCAAAAAAAGUAUAAAAAACUAUGAUGAACUAGAUGAAAAUAAGAAAAUUUUUUGUAGGAAACUUGUGAGAAAUUUAGGUUGUUAUAAUUAUGAAAAUGAGAAUUACAAUCCUAGUAAGGAGGAUUGUACUGUUUUAUACUAUUGGAUAUAUAAAUCAGUAAAUCAGUAUAGUAUUAAUGACAAUCUUAUUACUCCAAUUUUUUAUGAUAAUUAUAGUAAAUUGUGUACGUACCAAAGGAAAGCUAAUUGUUUUUAUUAUCAUUAUUACGACUAUUUUAAAGACCCAGUGAAAAUGAUAUUCUUGGAUAUUUUCCAUCAUAAUAUAGAUAUUAUAAGAAAAUCAUUGGGUGGUGCAGAUAAUGAAAAUAGUUUGCAAAAGUAUAUUUGUAAAUGCAUUCAUAUAUAUAAAGAAAUGUAUAAAAAAUAUUGCCCUUAUAAUGAUGAUAAGGAUAAAAAGAGAAAAAACACAUGUAGCAUGUUAAGUAUAGUUAAGUAUACAUAUGAUACAUUUCUUAGGGAACAUAUAUACAAUAAACAAUAUGCUAUACCAUACAUAGAGGAUGUAGAAGACUAUUAUUCUGAAAAAUGUAUAGAGCCAGAAAGUAUAUUAAAUAAAGGUGAUAAUAAUUUUAAAAGUGUGAAAACAACAUUCACUCCAAGGAUUGAUACUAGUAAAAAUAAACCUAAUUUAAAAUCUCGAAUUGAAGAUCAUAAAGAAAGUAAUGUUAGCUAUUUGGAUUCAAGAAUAAAUUAUGAUAUGUACAAAGAUGUAAUUUUACGUUCAAAGGAUGAUAUUGAUAAAAUUCCAGGUAUUUAUAUAUCACGUGUUGUACGCGAUAAACUUGAUACCUUGGCUAAUGAAUCUAAUAGCACAG